AUGGAGGAGUUGGAGGCGUUGCUUGCGCGGACAGAGCUGAGUAAGAAGGGGGAUGAAGUGAAGGACAACAUCACAACCAUUGCCAACAACACCUGCAACAGCACAGUGAGCUUGGGCAACGUCAACCUGGGCGACAGCGGGGCGCGUGCGGUGGCUCAGGCGCUCAAGAACAACACCUGCCUCCAAACACUCCAACUGGACAGGAAUGCCGUCAGCGAUGAGGGAGCCAUGGCGUUAGCGGAGGCCCUGGAGCGUAAUACAUGUCUUGAACACCUCUCCUUGAAAUUCAACUCCAUCGGCCCGAGUGGCGCCAAGGCGCUGGCGGACAAGCUGAAACACAACUCAACCCUGAAGCACCUCCACCUGACGAGCAACUCCGUCAAGAACGAGGGUGCAGAGGCGCUGGCAGACAUGCUGAAACACAACACAACCAUCGUGCAUCUCAGCCUGGACAACAAUUCCAUCCAACGUGGAGGUGCUCUGGCGUUGGCAGAGGUGCUCAAGCUACACCCGGCUGUCAGGAAACUCGAGUGA